UUUCAUAUAAAACGGUUUGAAAUUGAAACAAUCUUGAUUAUUACAAUUUCACUUCAAAAAAAGUUAUGAAGCUCUCGAUUCUCACGUUUUUGGUUUGCGUGACAUGCGUCUCAUCAAGUGGGUAUCAGUGUCAGGGACCCAUCAAAAUUUCUCCACCGGAUGAUCUCACAAGAACCGUAUAUUGGCCGUCGAUCUGGAAUGAUUCGAUGCCUCCGAUUCCUAUUGCCACUCAGCAGAAUUGUAAAUGGGAGAUAGCUGUUCCGGAUGGUUUGUAUGCAACUGCAGUGUUUUAUAAGAAUGCAAAAAAUAAUGUUGCGAUAGCUGUAGGGUAUCCGAAUGGACUACAGGAGGGACUUGACAACAUGGACUACAACCCGUAUAUUUUCACAUCUCCUCAGUUCCUGAUCAACCUCUACAAGUCGGCAGGAGACGGAAGCUUCUCCUUCAAAGUCACUUGGUCGAAGUAUCCGAAUGUUGCUCAUGAUACCGUGCAGUUGUUAAAAAAUGACAAGCCUUUCGCGAUGGCUCCAAAUACUCAUCUCACUACUUUCAAUGCGGAAACUACAGUCGGGCUUGUAGCCUUUACCCUUCGAAAUCAAUCCCAUUACCCGUUGCUCCGCCAGUCAGCAGUUUACGACGGAGAUUCGACUAGCGGAGCAUUCAUUGGAACUCUGUACAGCAUCAUGAUGCUGGAAAAAGAGGUGGUGAGCUCCGGGAAGACAUUGACCGUGUUCACGUGGGGACUACUCAAUGAACUAUUCGACUACACUCUAUUCAUGGUGCAAGAUCAUGCAAAUGAACCGUACGCAAACAAGUAUCGAGGAUGGAAUUGCUAUUCGGACACCGAAUGUUCAUUUCAAAUGAUUGCACUCACAGGAACUUCAGUGAUUGCAACGUCUGAUAGCAGACCAGAGUUUAUAAAGAGUAUUGGGAUAUUCCCUAGUGGGGCCACGUUGAAGAUAUACGAAGGACGAAUUGGUAAUGACAGUUUGGUCACUACGUUGACAAAAGCCAACUACCAAUCUCGUCUGCCUAUGGAAUUGAAGAACACCAUUCGCCAGUACGUCCUGGACUCUGGAUCUUUGCAGAUUCAACUCUCGAGAAGCUCAGCUGAUGCAAAUUGGAAUACAGUUUACAAUGGAAGAAAAGGCUUCGUACACUCUUUUUAUCACGGGACAAAUAGCAAUGAGCAAGACACUGGUGAAACAUUAUAUACUGCUGGCUGGACAGAGCAACUGUAUUUUAAUUAUGUUGUGAGGGAUGCCGAUUUCACGGGAAACCUGACAACUUUGACGGUUAUGAUUUUGAGUAAAGGGCAGCAGGUUUCGUUGACAGUAUAUAACUCCAAAAAUCUUCCACCUGCGACAACUGUUAGUGUUCAAGGCGACACUUAUCAUAUCAAAUAUUUUACUAAUGGAGUAAACACUACAGGGUUUCGAAUUGACUUUUCAACUACUUUCACAGGAUAUGUUACUGGGACUUCUGUUUCCGACUGCUACUACUAAUUCUACAACAAAUACACAAUAUUCAACUUCAACACUUGUAACUGAAAGUCAAACUCAAGGAAUCAGUUCAAGUUCAACUUCUAGCAAUAAUUUUACAACUCCGACGCCACCAGGAACAGUUGAAACAACAACAAAAGCAUCUUUCAAGAAGCUUACAAGUUUUGUUUUCACUACUUUUGUUAUAAUUGCUUUUUCUUCAAUGUGAUAAAUUUGAAAAAAAAAGUUUUGAACGGAAUUUUGAAAUGCUAUCUCUGUGCAUUUACUCCCCCAUAAGACCAGUCGUUUUUGACAUGUAGAUUCUUAUCUGGUUUCAUUAACCAACCAAAUUUGUGUUUUAGAGUAUUUCUGCGUUUAUGAUGCAUGUUUAAUCUUAACUUUUGACAAUCAUGAAAACUAGAAAAGUUUGAAAAG